UAGCAUUUUGUACUUUGUACAUUAAAGAUUGUCUUGUGAAGGCCAUUUACUCUAAUUUAUCAUGUAAUUUAUUAUUGUUACACAUUCCUCAUGAAUUCACUUGUUUUCAUGCAGAAAUAAAUUUCAGACUGGAUGUACAAUAGUCAUAAUGCCAGAAUGUUAUUUAAGAUGACAGCCACAUGGAUAACCUGCAUAUGUUGUUAUAGCUCAAUCAGCAUUAAGGUUUUGCCAACAGGAGUACAUUCUCCCAACUUUCGAAUGUCAGUGGUAGUAUGUUGUAAUUUUAUUCAUUGUUGUUCUUCAGUCAUUUCAUGAUAUGAUAAAGACCUUAACAGUGUAUGUUAUCCUCUAGAAUGAGAAAAGCAAGCAUUUGACACAGGUUUGAUAUUUUACAUGACCAGAAUGAAGGCCAGCUUCAGCUGACCUGACCUUACAAAGGCCCAUGUGUAUUUUGGCAGGUGGUUGUGGGAUAAAACCUGACGUGUCUCUGAUAAGAAAUGUAUCACACAUAUGCCACGUUGUCAAACACUGUUGUUGAGGCAAACUCUCAGAAGGGGACAUCUGAUCUAAGCCAUGUCUGGACUGAAUGCAUCUCUUGGAUACUUCCUGGUCAUUGUGAUUUUUGCAGGCACAGUUCGAACAUUUCUUAAAAAAUGGCCACAGUUUAGCUUCAUUUUGGAGUUUGCCUACUCUUUUAUGCUGGUGGCAUGCUGGCUGGAGGUUCAGACCAUUGUGGAAGUGGGUGAGUGGGCUGGGGGCUUGGGUCCUGAUGUAACUGUUACCAUGCUGUUUGUGGUGCUGCUGACCCACGGUGUGAUCUGUGACGGUGCAUCAGGGAAUCCCAUCCUGGCUGUGCUGAAGUUCCUGCAACUACAGGUCACCACUCUGCCCACUGUGCUUUCUAUUGUGGCCCACUUUCUUGGGGCCCACCUCGCACUUCUAGUAGCUGUGUACUACUGGAGUCUGGAGUUGACAGACAUGCACAUGAUCAAAAACCUGAUGGCCAGAGAGUGCAGUACGUCUCUGCUGGUCUCUUUGUGUCAGGGCUUUUUUACUGAGUGUGUUUGCACAUUCAUCUUCAACCUUGUCCACCUAAACUUGCGACACAGGUCCGCUCUGCUCCGGGUGCCCCUGAUCACCAUCCUUCUCACUUUCCUUUCCUGUGUUGCCAGAGGCUACACCUCAGCAUACAUGAAUCCAUCCUUGGCCUAUGGCCUCACUUUCCACUGUCCUGGAUUUACUUUCAAAGAAUAUGCAUUGGUCUACUGGCUGGGCCCUCUCACAGGCAUGACUCUGGCCCUUCUCUUGUACAUGGGCCAUAUUCCAAGGAUUUUUGCCAAGAACCUACUGUAUUUUCAGAAGACACGUUUCAGAGUGCCAAAAGGAGACAAAGCAGAAAAGAAGAAACUGUGAAACUAACUACACAUUUUU